AUGGCGUGGCGGGUUUUGACCCUGCCGCCAUUUAAUGGGCACAGCGAUGGCAUUGUAACGGGGGGCGCCAUGGUGGCUGCAAUUGCAGUGGCGCCAUGGUGGAACGCGAUCUGUAUGGCAAAAAUAGCGGGGAUUUUUCAGUUCAUUAUGUCCACUUCUACACAAGCCCUUGAUUCUAAUGCUCCUACCCCUGCCUCUGCUAGUCCUAUUGUUGAUGCUGCCCCUAUUGGUCCCACGGCUCAUGUUCGUUCUAAUAGAGUUGACCCAGGCAGGAAAUAUAUUAGUACGGUAGAAGAAGGAAAUACCAUUAACACCACUAGUGAGAAAUUAUUUGAGCUUCUUGAUGAUGUUGUGGAGAAAAUUGGUGAGUACAACAUUGUUCAAGUUAUAACUGAUAAUGGGAGUAAUUAUGUUCUUGCCGGUAAGUUGCUGAUGAAGAAAAGACCAAAUUUGUUUUGGACUCCUUGUGCUGCCCACUAUUUGGAUUUGAUGCUUGAGGACAUUGGGAAGUUACCAUUAAUUCAAAAAACUAUAAAAAGGACCAUUUCAUUGGUUAGCUUCACUUAUAGUCACUCUAUCACAUUAGCUAUGUUGAGACAUUUCACAAAUGGCAAGGAGUUGGUGCUUAGACUUGUUGAUGGGGAGAAGAAGCCACCAAUCAAAUAUAUUUAUGAAGCAAUGGAGAAGGCAAAGGAAUGCAUCAUGAAAACAUUUCUUAAUGAUAAGAGCAAGUACAAUGAUGUUUUUAAAAUCAUUGACAACAGAUGGAAUUGCCAACUUCAUCGUCCAUUGUAUGCAGCCGGCCAUUUCCUAAAUCCCGAGUUGUUUUAUGAAAACCCUCGAAUUGAGCUGGAUUUAGAAGUUACAAAGGGAUGGUUUGAGUGCAUCACUAGAUUGGUGCCAAGUCAAGCUGUGCAACAGAAGAUAUUGGAGGAGCAAGCACUAUACAAGGCCGGCUAUGGACUUUUUGGAUCAGAUUUUGCAAAAUCUCAACGGAAAAAGAUUUCACCCGAUGACAACACUUUGAGUUGGAACCUUGUUUUUGAAGCAAUGGGAGGACAUGAGCCUACGACAAAUACUAGAAGACAACAAAAUAGAAAAAGAAAAGAACCUGCAACUGCAAGACUUGAUGCAAAGAGUGGACCAAGUGGGUCUAAGGCUUCAAAAAAAGGAAAAGGAAAGGCAGUAAUUGUGGAAGAGGAAAAAGAACCAGAAUUUGAAGAUGAAGAGGAUUCUGAAAAUGAAGAAGAACAAGAAGAGGAGAUUCAAUUCAAUGAUACCGAAUCAUAUGAUGAUGAGGGGGUAGAGGGACACGAUAAUAAUCGUGUUAAUUUAGAUGAAUUUGAUGAGAGCUAG